GACCUCUAUUCGUUGAGUUUACUUGUCGCGACGCGGCAUGGCCCCUCUUUAAGCUUAUCGUUAUUAUUUUGUAACAGCUGUUAAAUAUUUGUUUUCCAAUAUAAAUCAUAUAACAUUUUCAACACUUUAAGUGAAUUAUCGAACAAUAAUACGAAAUGGAGUACUCAGAUAAUAUAAUGAAGUUUGAAUUUGAAGAAGAGGAACUUAUUUAUGAACAUCCUUCGAAUUUUAUUGCAAGUAAUUUUAAUUUUCCUUUAGUAUACACUACAAAACUAGACGAAAUGGUUAUAUUAACUAAAGAAAAUGUUAAUAGCUUAUCAAUUGAGAAUAUAUCGAAGAGAAUUAUUAAAGAAAGUAAACCCAAAUUUAUUUCGUAUCCCAAACAGGAAAGAGGCCUAUAUGCAUAUACAAAUAAAAGGGCCUAUAAUAAGUUAGUAAAAAAAAUAGAAAGAAUAAAUACAAACAAAACAAAACCAGUGAAUUCCAGGGAUUCGGAAGAAUAUACUAUUUAUCAAAUGUCUCCGGAAGCGGACGAAGUUCAUUCGUAUGUUAUUAAUAGAAAAAAAAGGACUAGAAAGCCUCGUAAUCAGAGCCAACCAUAUUAUUUUGUUUUCGCAGACAAACAACAGAAAGAUGUAGAAGUUAUAUCAUCUGACGAAGAUUCCGAUGAUCAUUCUCAUAUCCGUUCUAUUUUCUUAAAUAGCAACGAAGAGUCUAACGAUAUUCUUCCGGAAGACGAUGUUAUUAUUGAAGAUCCAAAUGCCAACAGUGCCUUACCCACUCGUAUCAAACCUAUAAAGAAUAUCGUACGUUUCCAGAGAAUACAAAUAAGUCAUAAUUCCAAUAUAGAUUUUAGUGGUUAUGAAAUAUCUAAUAGUUAUCUCAUUUUCACAUACAUAUGUACGGAUUACAGAGACAUUUAUUAUAUUGAUGAACAUUACACACUCAAAGAACAUUAUCAGCUCAAUAACAUAGAUCCAAAUGAAGAAUUUAUAGAUUCCUCGAAGACUGAUUGUGUGUAUGAAAUUUACAAUUGCUGUUGGUAUAAACGCGAACUAAGGGUACGACAGUUAUUCCAGAACGUAAGAGAUAAAUCAAAAUUGAGGUUUGCAAGUGUAAAACAUCCUUGCAUUCCGACUGAUUGCGUUUGUUGUUGUAAAAUAAAGACGGGAAACAAUAGCAGUCAUAUCGCACAAGAAUUUUCAAUGGUGAUAAAGGAUAGAAUAGAAACUGACACUUGUAAUUCAGCUACUAGAUCCAAUACAAGUAAAUGGAACCGUCACCUUUUAAACAAUCUUGGUAUUACGAUUGGCUACACCAUUAAUUCGGCUUUACGAUAUAAACCAAAAAUACCAAAACGAACAAUACGAAUUAAAACAAAAAAAGAUUAUCGCCAAUUUACCCUCUUACAGAUUUUUCUGCGUUUCACUAAUGAUGUUGAAUAUUUUUACCUGAAUGAAAGUGGGUUAAUUCAGACACAUGUAUGUGUACCUAAUAGUUUUGUAUCCAAAUUAUAUCUUAAAUUAGAAACAGAAAUAAUAGACAAAGGCAAAUACCGGUGUAGUUCAACAGUAUGCUGUUGGUGUAAAUAUGAACAAUCUCUAUCCAAAUUAGCACGUUCUGUAUUACCAAGUGUCUUAAAUUUUUUAAAAAAACCACAUACCUGCGGUCACUAUUGUACCUGUUGUUGCAAAGGCUGUAUUAAUAUCAGUAAUAAAGUGGCAAAAUUUAUGCCUAUAAGUUUGACACGUUCUGCAAAAUACACAAAUGGAGCAAUUAAGAAAAAAAUACAAUCAAUUAGGGGUCAACAAAAGAACGAAGUAUACACUUCUAUCCAAGAGGAGCAAACUGGAGGUCAAGUCACACAAUCAAAUCCAAUUCAUAUUGAUCUAACUGAAAUGAAAUCGGAGACAUCCUCUGUAGAUACGUUCGAUAUUUAUGAAACGUUUAAAGACCUGAAACUCAAUAUUGAACAAAAAGGAGAAGUAACUGCCGUAACAAGUAUACGUCCUAAUGAGUUGUCGACUAAGAAUCUAAAAAUUCUCGCGCACAUUAUUAGUAAUGCUCAAAAACAAAUAAAACAACUCGGUAUUAUGGGGACCAAUAUGGUAAUAGAUAACAUAUUUAAUAAAGACCCAAUUUUACUUCCUCAAAAUAUACCAUCAUUACUUGAAAAUAGAUUGACUGAUAAACCCGCAACAUCUAAAACGUCUUCAGUUGAUAACAAUACAUAUUCGAAAUCGACUACAUUUGUACAUAAUAAAAAAGAUCUACAUGUAUUUAAUAAGAAGGCCCAAUAUCAAAACUAUGCUACCAUAAUGGGUCAGAAGACAGAAGAAUACUACAUAUCCAUUACGGCACUUGAAAAUAAUUGCACCAGACCAGAGCUCCGAUCAAGUUUUGAAAAUCUCACAACAUACCUCGACGUUGAACAAAAAGUCGGUACGCGGAACAAAAAUAUAAAUGUUACACACAUUAAUAAAAUAAUACCAACUGUAUUGAAACGAAAAUCAAACCAGGGCAUGUCGGACUGUGUGAAUGCAAAGCACCCAAAGAGAUCAGAGAGACACCAAAUACAAACACAACGAGUUACAGUACCGAGCGGUGUUGAUGUAAACCAAAUAUUAGAAAACGUUAAAAAAUCAAGUACGAUUAAAACCACGAAGUUUUUACAACCAAUUACUCUACAUAAGCCUAGUACGGUUACACAAGCGCCGCAGCAAAGUUCUAAUCCGGUAACAAAUGUAACGUCACUGCCCUCAAGGCUAUUACAAAUUUCAGGUACAGCUUUAACUUUAAUACCAGUGACUUUUAUGCCGACAGAUCAAAAUAUUAAUAAUCAAUUGCUUGUGAAUCCAGGAACAUCCGCUAUUGUAGAUAGUAAUCAAACCUCAUUAACACCAACAGUUCAACAACCUAUAAAUUUUUUAAUCGCUCCAAAGGAGGUAGCUAUACCUGCUAUUAAUAGUAAUAUACCGACAACUACACAGAUUGCAACCAAGCCAAUUGUUAUAGAUGUAACUAAUAGCCCAAAACUUAGUACAUCUAAUUCCACCAUCAUUCCUAAUCCUAAGGACACAUCUGAGGACCCUGAAUGUGUUUUAGGCAUUUGAAAGUAUUACUGAGAAUAUUAUUUUACUAAAAUACGUUGGAUUGGAUAUCACACAAUAGGUCUGGAUUCAUCAAAUCACAUGCAAUUUUUUUUUUUUCUUUUUAUUUUACUUGUUAUAGUAAUUACAUGGUAAAGAACAUUAGAAUAAAUAAUUUAUUAAUUUUUGACUGUUCAUUGUAUUUUCUUUUGACCAUUUAUAUAUAAGCAUUUGCUUUUAAAUUGAUUUUUAAUUAUAACUUUGAAUUUUUUAUAUUUACCUUCUUUUUUAUAAAAACGUCAACCUCCUACAAACCUAAUUUAGCUAUUGAAGUCUUUUGUCUUUCUCUUUUGCGCUAAUUUCUCAAUUUGAAAGACAGUGACAAAACACUCUAAUAAAGGGGUUCAUAUUUUCCUUUGCCUAUCUUAAUAAGCAUUUGUGAACAAUUUGAUUUUUAGUUUUAAAGUUGGCAUGAUUUUUUUCUUACAUUUAAUAUCUAUGUAUUCAGAUACUGAGCUGAAUGCUUUUUUUUAUUUGUUCAGUGUUCGACACUUCCCUUUUUUUACUGUUUUAAUUAAAGCGUCUGUGAAAAAGUUAUAAUUUGAUUUUGUAAUUCAUGCAAUUUUUUAUACUUACAUACAAUACAUUGCGUUCUGUGACUUGCCUCUCCCAUCUAACUGUUAGAAGAGAGCGAAAACGAUUGUGAUACAAUUGUAAUGAUUCAUUAAAUAAAGUUAUAUGAUACUGAUUUAUUU